AUGGCAUCGACGUUUUCAUAUGCGCAAGCCGCAAAAGGCAUUUCCACGCCAACCAGCACGAGCAAGCCAGCAUCCGGCUCUGCUACUCCAGCCAAAGACGCAAGCAGCGUCUCUGGCCCAGAUGCUAACGCCUCACCAGCCAACUGGGCUGAAGACGUCGAGGCAGAGUCGCAUUCCGAGCAGCCCCCAGUAGCCCGUGAGGCGCGCACAGAGCAGCCCGCUUCUGUUGUCCCAAAAUCUUCACAGCCUGCAGAUGCCUCGAAUGUAUCUUCACCAGACCUCGGCGCCUCGUCUUCGUCUACUGUGACCAAGGAUGACGAUGUUUCUUCGGUACCGAACACGGCUUCUGAGUCAACCACUUGGGACAACAAGUCUCAAGCCUCUACUUCAGUCGACAAGUCGGUCGAGCCGGUUGAAAAGACAUCGGAGAAGGUCAAGAAGGGCAAGAAUGCAGUCGCCAAGGCCCUUCAUGAGGCACCCGUCCCGACCGUCAACCCAUGGAAGAUUCGAGCUGACGAGAUGAAGUCAAAGGUGCAGAAAGCUGCUCCUUCACCUAUUCUGAAUGGUGCUUCGCCAGGGCCCAACGGAGUUGCUGCGAAGAAAGACUCGGCACCCCAUGACAAGGCUGUCAACGGCGAGAGCAGAAAUAGGAGCCGGAACGAAGGUGUUACAGGUCGAAAAGACUUCAAGGGCGAUGCUGAGACUCGCAAUGGUGCCAAGGGCAGGUUUUCGGACAAGGACACAAAAUCGACGUCGAGUGUGCUCCCCCCACCGCCGCACCAUGACCAGGAGUCAUGGCCAACGCCAGAUACCGCUAUUGACGAGGAGCGUAAGAAGGCUCAAGAGAAGGGCGACAAGCCAGAGAAAGAACGCAAGGACGGCGCUCCUACUAGCAAGCAGGAAUGGGUGAAAAUCCCAUACACUCCCUCUGUUGUGUUCAACACACCUUUGCCUAAUGCUGCAAAUGCGAGAAGGGGUGGUAGACCUGGAGGACGCGGUGCAGCGCAGACUGGUGGCAGACCUGCCGGCUUGAGCAAUGGCGCUGAGCAGCUUGAGAAAGACGGCUCGGCACCAAACGGUGAACAAACCAAGGCUGCUACACACGACGCUUCUGUCAAGAAUAAGCGCACUGGUAAUGCAGCAUCCCCGACUUUGAAGAACCAGCUCCCGACGGCCAACGGAGACGGCGCUGUAAAGGCUCAUGGUAACGGAGCCACAGAGUCUGAAGCAAACGCAAAGGGCUCAACGCCGUCGUCCCAAGCACCGCACCAAAAUGGCGCCUACCCCCGCCAGUAUCCCAACAAGCCCCACAAGGGCAGGCGAGGCGAUUUCCACGGUGCUGGAGAGCGCAGAAAGGAUGGUACGUCGUCGCCCACCAAGGAUGGUGUCUGGACUCCUGCUGGAACGCAGGCAGAUGCUUCUGCAGAUGGUGAACGUCGUGCGCCCGCUCAACAAGACGGCCCACACGGCCAUUCGAAGCGUUUUAGUUCAUUCUCCAGCGGGCGUGAACGUGGCCGUGGAGGAGGCCGCGGUGCUCGUGGCGGCUAUGCAAACGGCCACCACUUCACCAACGGACAUUCUUCGACAAGCUUUCCCUUGGGUCCAAGAUCCCCUACGACUUUUGUACCUGAGAGCAACAGUUUCUUCCCAGCCUCCCAGGGCAAGUACGGUCGCAACAGCCACCGGUCGCAGUCACUCUCUACUGACCCCUACCGAUUCCCGGGUUACCAGAAUGGAUAUCCAGUCGCUCCCCUGCAGACAUCUCAUGACAUGUAUUCCUAUGGCAUGGUCCAGCCAAUGAGCGCUGCUUCACCAUACAGCCCAUAUGGGUUUGAUCAGUCCUAUCUCUUCUCAUUGCUCACCACCCAAGUGGAGUAUUACUUUUCUGUUGAUAACCUGCUCAAGGAUAUGUAUCUGCGCCGCCACAUGGACUCCCAGGGAUUUGUUUCUCUCGAGUUCAUUGCUGGUUUCAACCGGAUCAAGCACUUGUCACCCGAACUUGAGCUGAUCAAACUCGUCUGCCAGCAGUCCAAAUCCAUCGAGUACCGCACUGGUGAGGAUGGUCAGGACCGCCUGCGUCGUAAGGACGGCUGGGCACAGUGGGUGCUUGACAUGGCGGACCGUGACCCCUCGGCUCAGAAUGAGGGCCCUAAGGAGCUCAAGCAGCCCCAGAUCACACACCCCGCAGGCUUUGACCCCUCGAGCAUUUCCCAGUGGCAAACAAUGUCGCCCGGAUUCCCUAUGGCUCCUUACGGCACCGACGGUGCAUACCCUCCGAUGAAUGGAUUUCAUCCUGUCGCUCAAGACGCUGGACUGGCGCCGGCAGAGACUGUAGUGAACGGCGCGCCUAUGGAAGAGGCAAAUGGUACCGCCAUUUCGACCGGUCACCCAGUCGAGAGCUCAACAAAGGCUGUGAGUGCAGAACCUGAUUUAUUUUUUGACUGGCAACUUGACGGCUUGACUGUUAUUGUUCGCAAGCAAGUUCAGAAGCAACAAGCAUCGCCUGUUUUAUUUCCACGAACAUUUUCUAAUGGAUCCCUCGAUAGUAAAAAUGGCGCGGCGGGCGAACUGAAUAAGUCGAUCGCAUGUCAAUUCAAAGCCGAAGACGCUAGCUCUUUCAAUGGUAGUGUCGACCAAUGCUCACUCCAAUCGACUUCUUCUUCAGUUCGGCUUUAUUGGGUCAAGGACCAAGACCACCCAGUCCAUUCCAUUCCUUCUGGUUCCUCGCAUGAGUCGUAUUAUCAUCUUCGGUCAAAGGCUCACCGCAAGCGCUCACGAGCCUCUUUUGGCACCACUCCUUACGAUAUGAACGUUCUUUACCAAUUCUGGUCACAUUUCCUGAUUCGGAAUUUCAACCAAUCAAUGUACGAUGAAUUCCACUAUCUGGCUUUUGAAGAUGCCGCCUGCAGGGGUACGGAUGUCGGAAUCUCGAAUUUGAUCAAGUUUUACGGCAAGUCUUUACUGUCGCCUUACGAAGCAAUCCGGUGGCAAGCAGCUUCUGACUACGUCGAUCUGAUCAAGUCCGAGGACGGAUGUCGUGCUUUCGACCAAUUACAAUUGGCCGUCCGCAACGGUGGCAUCGAUCCGGAGAGUUGGGAGCGCAUCAGAGACUUGCUUGAUGCUGAGGCAUUGGCUCGAUUGGCAUCAUGA